CAGAAAGCACUAUUGCAAUGUGUUUAUGUAGGUCAAACUCAUACAGCUCCAAAUGCAAUAUAAACUGAAGCACUUUUACUUGAAAGAAAAUGGAUAAGACUUUUUUUUUUUUUUUUUUUGUAGGACCUUCUAUAGUUUUUACAUUUUGUGUAAUGAAACUGAGGUAAGGAGUAUAAUACUUUUUGAUACAGUGUAAAAUGACUUAAAGAUUGCUUUAUGAAUUAAAUUCAACAAAUCUAGUAGAGCAAAAAUCAAGCAUGUCUAAAUUGUUCAUUGAGACAUUUUGGGAUGUGUUAGAUUUGCCAAGCUUGAAAUGACUAAAAUAAGAUAAAGAGAGAUGGGGUCGUAUUGCUUGAGUGUUAUUCUGCAUGCAAGGUGAGGGUAACUUUGUCACAUCAAAAGCUAUUUCCCCAAACUGCACUAUUUAGCUGUAGUUAGUUUUUUCCACAAGUUGAAAUGUAGUUUUAGAUAACUACCACAAAAGACCUGUAUUCUUCUAUCUUGGGCCACAGACAUAAAACAUUUAUGCUACUUGCUUGUUUCUUUAUUGCUAUAGAAAAGUAGGCCGAUUGUACCCCAAUCGAUUAACGUAAUGACGUAGUACAGCACUACGCACGCAACGUGUCCCUGUACUGUUGACUGGGAAGCCCCUAGCGCGGAGCUGCCAACGCCCGGCGUAAAGACACAAAUAGAGGAUACGCGACGACUGUUAAACGCAGCUAUGCAGACCAUCAAGUGUGUUGUCGUUGGGGACGGUGCGGUGGGUAAAACCUGCCUGCUCAUCUCCUACACCACAAACAAGUUCCCCUCUGAAUACGUUCCUACGGUGUUUGAUAACUAUGCUGUAACUGUAAUGAUCGGAGGAGAGCCCUACACUCUGGGCUUGUUUGAUACAGCAGGUCAGGAAGACUACGACAGGUUACGCCCUCUGAGUUAUCCCCAGACAGACGUGUUCCUCGUCUGUUUCUCCGUCGUGUCCCCCUCCUCCUUUGAAAACGUCAAAGAAAAGUGGGUUCCAGAGAUUACCCACCAUUGUCCAAAGACCCCAUUCCUGCUAGUUGGGACUCAGAUCGACUUGCGGGAUGACCCGUCCACUAUAGAGAAGCUGGCCAAGAACAAGCAGAAGCCCAUCACUCCGGAGACGGCCGAGAAGCUGGCGAGAGACCUAAAGGCUGUGAAAUACGUGGAGUGUUCAGCCCUCACACAGCGAGGGCUGAAGAAUGUGUUUGAUGAAGCUAUCCUAGCUGCCCUCGAGCCUCCUGAGACGCAGAGAAAGGGGAAUUGCUGUAUAUUUUAACCCUCCUCUGUGCCACCACUCUCAUCUCCUCCUCCGAUCGCCACUAUUUUUGGCAUUUUCCAUUCAUUCACCUCCUCUCCCUCCUUUCCUCUCUCAAUGUAUUUACAUGUGCUGCUUUUGCAAUGUGGACCAAUCCCAGCUCAUCUAACCCCUGCUCUGUAUUGAGAGUGCACUACAACUUCUCAUGUGCUGAUUCUCUGACUCGUGGCCCCUCAUCACUUCAAUGACUUCACUUGUUGCCUUUUCUCACCUGCAACUGCUGACAUUUGGUCUGCUUGGUGUGCUAUUGUAUGUCACGUCUUACCUCUGGAGGGAUUUAGGCCGACUUUGUUUUACAUCAUGAAUCUUCACCUAGAGGUGAGCAAUGUAUCGAAUAUACUCGAUGCAUGGCGACCUGUUCUACGUGGGAUGUAGUAAAUGAUUUGAUUGCAAACAUCGACUACAAAUUGUCCCGUAAUAUUUUUAAGCUGCCGGCUUUAAACUUGCGUUGGCGUUAAGCUUCUCGGUUUAAGAACUGAUUUCAAGAUGUAAGCGACCUUUGAGUGGAUGCAAUGUCCCAUUCACUCAAUAAGUCCGUCAGUAGGUCCACCAAACAGUUAUUUUAGAGAAAAUAUGAAAAUAUUGAGAUAGAUAUCAUAUAUUGAUGCAUAGCCUGAAAGUACCCAGCUACCCAGCCCUAACUUCACCGCUGUAUUAUUCCUAGUUCUGCUCCUUGGGCCCCGUGCUUAUUAAUUGGCCCCUGGCCAACAGUAAAGCGGUGUGUCACUGAGGAUGUAGGAUGUCAUUUGGGAUGUGGCCAUUGUUUUAGUCAGCCGUUCCCCUCUGUAUUGUAGUAGUAGUUCAUGCGGGGAGGGUUUGGCUCCUCACUGAGGUUGAUUCCAACACUAAACAGAGCUUCCAUUUUAAUGUAUAGUUUGUAUUACUGUUGAUACUGUUGUACCCUGAUUACACAGAACUUGGGAAUUGUGACUAUGGUUUCAUACUUUCAUGUACGUGAGUCAUAUAUAGGAAGUGUUUGGCCAUCUUGACAACAUCCCCACUAACAGGGUGCUGUUAAAUUACAGUAAACUACUGGCUGCAACAGUCUGAAGCUGUUAUUCUACAGUGUAGCUACUGUAAUCUACAACAGCAGUGUAUUACUGUAAAAAGUAUUACAGUACUGUGCUUUACAGUAUGAUACUGUCAGCUGUUUGGUUGCCAUCAUACUCGGUGUUCAGACUGUAAUCUCCAUUAACAGUUUUUUACUGUAAAAUGGGAGUACUGUGGAAUGUGACUGUUACAGUAUCCUCAUGCUAAAAUCCAGUGUGAAUGGACAUUUUAAACUGAGGGUGUUUGGCGUCUGACUCGCCUUUUUUCACCCCGGAUGGUUUUGCACUUAAUGACGUCAUCCCUGUUUGCUACAUGAUAGUCCCGUCUUAUUGCUCUGGUUCAUAGCUAAGCUACACAUAUCUCCUGAAAAACGCUUUCUUCCAGACUUGUUUGGCCCGAAUGUUCUUUACAUAUGACACACGAGCCAUUACUUGUGGUGCACAUCCUGCUGUCUUGAAAGUCCAGAUAAUAAUAAAAAAAAAAGAAGCUAUAUUUGUGUGAAAUUACCUGUGAAGUGAAUGAAUAAAGGACAAGUGAACUUGC